AUGGGAUACAAUAUAGCAAUGGUAACAGAUUUUUUUUACCCUCAACCUGGAGGAGUAGAGUUUCAUGUGUAUCAUUUAUCACAAAAACUCAUUGAACUAGGACACUCAGUGGUUAUCAUAACUCAUAAUUAUUCAUCAAGAAAUGGUGUACGAGUAUUAACGAAUGGUUUGAAAGUGUAUUAUGUACCACUUUGGGUGAUCUAUAGAAGCUCAGUUUUCCCAACUGUAUUUCUGUGCUUCCCAAUAUUGAGGAAUAUCUUCAUACGAGAAAACAUUGAGAUUAUUCACGGACAUGGUUCCUUCAGCACAUUAUGCCACGAAGCUAUAUUACAUGGCCGAACAAUGGGAUUAAAAACAGUCUUCACUGAUCAUUCACUUUUUGGAUUUGCCGAGAUUGGAUCAAUUAUGGGGAAUAAAGCAUUAAAGUUCACUUUCAGUGAUGUUGGCCAUGUUAUCUGUGUCAGUCACACCUGUAAAGAAAACACGGUUUUAAGAGGAUCAAUAGACCCCAUAAAAGUGAGUGUGAUACCGAAUGCAGUUAUUCUGAAAGAUUUCAAGCCCAAAUCGCAUUGUGUUAACAAGAACUAUACUAAAGAGAUCACCAUUGUGGUGAUCACGAGAUUGUUUCCAAAUAAAGGAGCCGAUCUAUUAACGGCUGUUAUCCCCAAAAUUUGCCAGUUGAAACCAAAAGUGAAAUUUCUAAUUGCUGGUGACGGCCCCAAGUUUUUAGAUUUAGAACAAAUGAGAGAAAAGUACUUUCUUCAGGAAAGGGUUACAUUAGUAGGCGCUAUAAAACACGAAGAAGUAAGAGAUGUAAUGGUCCAAGGUGACAUAUACUUACAUCCUUCAUUAACAGAGGCGUUUGGUACAGUUAUUGUGGAAGCUGCAUCAUGUGGGUUAUAUGUUGUCACUACAAAAGUUGGAGGCAUACCCGAAGUCUUACCAAACGAAAUGACAAGCUUUGCUGAACCGGAAGAAAACUCACUUAUUGAUGCUGCUAUAGAUGCUAUAAAUAAAAUUGAAAGUAAUGAAAUCGAUACCUCAAAAUUUCACGAUGCGGUUGCAAAGAUGUACAGUUGGAAUGAUAUUGCAAGAAGAACAGAAAAUGUUUAUAAUUCACUUGAUUUAGACAAACUAAACGAGUCUUUACUUCACCGAUUACAAAGAUACUAUUGUUGUGGUAUAAUAGCAGGCAAACUUUAUGCUUUAUGUGUAAUAGUGGAUAUUUUUAUUUUCGUGAUACUAGAAUGGUUGUAUCCCGCUGAUCAUAUCGAUAAAGCAACAAAAUGGCCACUGGCUAUCAAGGAAGAAGACGAGCUGGAAGAAGAAACAUUUAUUUUUCCGAACAAAGUAAAUUAG